AAUGCCAUUCUCCAUCCCUAGUCUUCAAUCCCAGAGUCUCAUUUUUCUUGUUUUUAUUUUUAAUUUUACUUGUUCACUAUUAGAUUGUACCUAUAUAUGUGUGGAGGGUACCUCUAAUGCCUUUAGCCGCUGUCGGUGUGUGAAGCAUGGCCUCACCUUUACGUCGUUAGUUUGACUAAAAAGAACUGGCCCUCAAGUUCUGAGCUAACUCCCACUUCCAUAAACAAACUUCUAAAGACAAGUUCCAAAAAGAAAAGCUAUAGAACGGCUUAGAUUUAAUAUUCAAGAAUUGUGCAUUUAUCUUUCUUUUAGUAAAGCAUACAUCAAACAAAUGGCUACAGGUGCCACUAAUACACUGAUGAAUAAAGACAUCAUUUAAAUAUUUGGGAGCCCGUAACCUAACAAGUUUAACGCAAAUAGGUUUUGGUUUUGCAUCCCCUUCUGGCUGCAAAAUUGAGUGUAUUUUUUGCUGUUGGACGUUCCUUUUGAGGUACCUUGGGAAAGUCAUUGAAUAAAGGAGAUGCAGAGUUAUCAGGAAAGGCCUUUCCUCCCUAAGCUUAAUGGCUUUCAUUCUUAAACUCUUCCUCAUCAUUUUGACUGAGACUUCUUCAGGUAGUCUCAGUUUUUUCUAUGGUUUCACCGAGAUUUACUUUUAUAAAUCAUUUCGUAAAUAUUUGUUGAGCAUUUAUACUAUACUAUAUCAAACUUUGGAGAUAGAGCAGUGCCAAAAAGACAGGCUCCUGUCCAAAAGCAGCGAGGAAGACAGAGGCCAAACAAAAUUAAGGAUGAUCAUGUCCAGAAUUCAUAACAUAAAAAGAUCUCUUAUACCUCAGAUGUCUUGUUUGACAAGUGAACAUUAUAAACAGCUGGAUUUUCUGCCUGACAAACUAAGAGAAAAGCUGCUUCCUUUCCAGAAAGAUGGCAUCACUUUUGCCCUCAGAAGGAAUGGCAGGUGCAUGAUAGCUGAUGAAAUGGGUCUAGGAAAGACAAUCCAGGCAAUUGCCAUCGCUUACUUCUAUAAGGAGGAAUGGCCUCUUUUAAUAGUGGUCCCUUCAUCUCUGAGGUACCCUUGGACGGAAGAAAUAGAGAAAUGGAUUCCAGAGCUAGGUCCAGAAGAAAUCAAUGUUAUUCAGAAUAAAACUGAUGUUGGGAGAAUAUCGAUCAGCAAAGUGACAGUUCUGGGUUAUGGUCUUUUAACGACAGAUGCAGAGGCUUUGGUAGAUGCACUGAAUAAUCAGAACUUUAACGUAGUGAUAGUGGAUGAAUCACACUACAUGAAGUCCAGAAAUGCAACUCGCAGCAAGAUUUUAUUGCCAAUAGUACAGAAAGCCAAAAGAGCUAUACUUCUUACAGGAACUCCAGCUUUGGGAAGGCCCGAAGAGCUCUUCAUGCAAAUUGAAGCUCUCUUUCCACAAAAAUUUGGAACAUGGACUGACUAUGCCAAAAGAUACUGUAAUGCACAUAUCAGAUAUUUUGGUAAAAGGUCUCAGUGGGAUUGUAGAGGGGCGUCAAAUCUCAGUGAACUGCAUCAGCUAUUAAGUGACAUAAUGAUUAGAAGGUUAAAGACUGAAGUUUUAACCCAGCUGCCCCCUAAAAUCAGACAGCGUAUUCCAUUUGAUCUUCCAUCAGCAGCAGCCAAGGAAUUGAAUACCAGCUUUGAAGAGUGGGAAAAAUUAAUGAGAGCUCCAAAUCCGGGUGCCACUGAGACUGUUAUGGGGUUGAUUACUCACAUAUUUAAACAAACUGCUAUUGCCAAGGCAGGUGCUGUAAAGGAUUAUAUUAAGAUGAUGCUUCACAACGAUUCACUUAAAUUUCUGGUUUUUGCUCACCAUUUAAACAUGCUCCAAGCUUGCACAGAAGCAGUCAUAGAAAACAAGACUCGUUAUGUUAGGAUAGAUGGAAGUGUUCCAUCUUCAGAAAGAAUAUAUCUGGUUAAUCAGUUUCAAAAGGAUCCUGAGACUCGUGUGGCUAUCCUAAGCAUUCAGGCUGCUGGGCAGGGUUUGACAUUUACUGCUGCAACUCAUGUUGUAUUUGCUGAAUUGUACUGGGACCCUGGGCAUAUAAAACAAGCAGAAGACCGUGCUCACCGAAUUGGACAGUGCAGUUCUGUGAAUAUUCACUACCUUAUUGCAAAUGGGACUCUGGAUACCAUUAUGUGGGGAAUGUUGAAUCGCAAGGCUCAGGUCACCGGGAGCACAUUGAAUGGUAGGAAGGAGCAACUUCAGGCUGAGGAAGGUGAUAAGGAAAAAUGGGAUUUCCUGCAGUUUGCAGAGGCUUGGACUCCAAGUGGAAGUUCCGAAGAGCUCAGGAAUGAAGUUUUGUUCACUCAUUUUGAAAAAGAAAAACAGCAUGAUAUUCGAUCAUUCUUUUUACCAAAACCCAAGAAAAGUCAAUUGGUGACCUCCUGUGAUGAACCAAGGACAUUCCAGGAGAAAAAUACUGUAGCACCAGCAGACUCUGGGAAAAUAUCUACAAGAGGUAUCAUUGAUUACGAAAACAGUUUUGAACCUGAGGCUAAAAGAUUGAAGUCAGUCACCACCGAUGACCACUGCAGUCUCCCACAGGAGAAACCAUCCGGGCCCAGGCAAACCCAAGCUCUAGCCCCGGCAACCAGCCCUCCCCUUCCUGGAAAGGGUUGGCAGUGUGGCUUCUGCACCUAUAUCAAUAGCUCCAUGUUACCUUAUUGUGAAAUGUGUGAGAAUCCUCAAGGCAGUGCUGAUAGCCUCAACUAUAUCCAGGAUAAAAGCCAAAAUGAAAAAGAUGACUCUCAGAAAGACACCUCCAAAAAAGUUUGGACUAGUUCUGAUUGUGAAAAACAAGUCCUUGCACAUUCAGAACCUGAACUGUUGGCUGAGAGUAAGGAAGAAGCAUCAGAAGUCAAGAAUGAAGAUGGACUCACACCCCAGCCAAGCGAUGAACAGUUGAAGAGUUCAGACACUCUGCCAGUGUAUGAUACCUUAACAUUUUGUGCAAGUAAGAAUACUGACCGGAUUCACCUCUAUACUAAGGAUGGAAACCGGAUGAACUGUAAUUUCAUUCCUUUGGAUAUAAAAUUAGACCUGUGGGAGGAUUUACCAGCAAGCUUUCAGCUGAAACAAAAUCGUUCCUUGAUUUUGAGGUUUGUUCGAGAGUGGAAUAGUCUAACUGCUAUGAAGCAAAGAAUAAUCAGGAAAAGCGGGCAGUUGUUCUGCAGCCCAGUUCUUGCUUUGGAAGAGAUCACAAAGCAACAAACCAAACAAAAUAGUACAAAAAGAUACAUAACCAAAGAAGAUGUUGCUAUAGCCUCGAUGGACAAGGUGAAGAAAGAUGGGGGCCAUGUCCGUCUGAUCACCAAGGAGGCCAGUCCACAGGAUGUUUCUACAAAAAAGUUUUUUGAAGAUGGAGCCUGUGUCCCAUUUCUAAAUCCCUGUAUAGCUCAAGCUGAUCUCACUGUGAAACCUUCUGCAUCCAAAGGCUAUUUGCAAGCCGUGAAUAAUGAAGGAAAUCCACUUUGCCUUCACUGUCAGCAACCCACCUGCCAAACUAAGCAAGAAUGUAAAGUGAAUGCUUGGAAUUCACGGUUUUGCUCUCUAAAAUGUCAGGAGGAGUUUUGGACUCGUUCUAAUAACAGUUACUUGCGAGCCAAAGUAUUUGAAAUUGAACAUGGUGUGUGUCAGCUAUGUAAUAUGAAUGCUCAAGAACUCUUUUUACGUCUGAGAGAUGCUCCUAAAAGUCAACGGAAGAAUCUUCUGGAUGUUACCUGGACUUCAAAGCUCCCUUUAGAACAGCUUAAUGAAAUGAUAAGAAACCCGGCGGAAGGGCAUUUCUGGCAGGUGGACCACAUCAAGCCAGUGUUCAGUGGAGGAGGGCAGUGCUUCCUGGACAACCUGCAGACUCUCUGCACAGUCUGUCACAGAGAGAGAACUGCCAGACAAGCCAAGGAAAGAAGCGAGGUGCGAAGACAAUCUCUAGCAUCAAAACAUGGAUCUGACAUCACACGAUUUUUGGUAAAGAAAUGAAAUAUAAAACAUUUUGAAUGGAUGACAAAGGGUUUACAUGUGGAAGAAUUUAACACAGAUUUUUUUUCACAUUUAAUAUUUUGAGUAAAAAAUUUUAGAACAAAAAAAAUCACGAAUUCAACUUUUUAAUAGUAAAUGCUUUUAGUGUUCAGUGCCUUAAAGAACUUAACAGAGACAGAUACAGUACUAAAUAUUUCUGUGAUCUUGAUUUCAUGCAGACUCUCAAUUAUGUUUCAGUAAAGUUUCGUUAAGCUUUCAUUUCCCGCUACUAUACCUUAAUCAUGGCAUUAUACAUAGAUUGUAUUUGAAAAAUAUAUUCUCAAUUACUUGAAAAAUGCUGCUGGAUUAGAAUUGGUUUGGAUUACUGUGUGUAUAAAUGGAACCUUGCAAAACCAUUAGGAAAAUUUCAGAAGCAAAUCAUUAUUUAAGAAUACGGGGCCAAGUGUGACCAGCCUGCCUAGUAUCCAAGAGGGACUUUUGUUCACUAAAUGCCUCCAAAAUGGGCUUGGGCUACACAUUUUGGGUGUUUUCUGUUUCAUUUCUUAGCCAGUUGUCUUUAUUGAAAUGAAGUUUUAAAAAUAAGCUAGUCAGAACUAUGGUAUUUGUAGACAAUUCAGGGGUUCUGGGUAAAGUAACUGUUUAAAAAUUGAAAACAUAAAAUAUAAAAUCCCACUUAAACUUCUAUUUUUAGUUUGUUUUCAUGCAUAAAACUAGACUUACUGUCAAAGCACCCUUUGUCUCCUGGUUAUCAUUUUCUGUUUUUAAAAUCCUGUCUUAUUAAGUUUAGUCCUAGUACCUCUUUUAAAAGGAGUGAUGAUGAUAAAACACUUUAUAUUAAAGCAUGAACAGAUGAAGAUAUAUGUUAAAAAAUCAAAAUGUAAUUGAUAUAAAAAAGUAAAAAGGUGAUGAUGAAACAAAACCAGAGCUUAAUCCUAUAGUAUGUCAGAAUCAUGAAAUCAAAGAAUCAGGACUACACAAAAUACAGGUCAAGGAAGAAUUAUGUUCACAAAAGACCUAUUUGUAAAUACUGUAUGGAUGUAAACCUUAUUAGUCUAAGCACUUUCCACUGUUAAUUAGUAGCCAGUGUUUUAUAACAUAGAGGGCUUGUUUUUAGAAAGAUUAAAUACUCAUGAACAUUUCUUCCAGAGUUUUUAUUAAAUUUAUAUCUAUUUCAUUGUA